CAAUUAGUGUCAUCUCCAGCUGCUCCCCCCAAUUGUUGUGUGGUGUUCUGUAUUUUCUUUGUAAAUAAUUAGAGUAAUGCUGCACCUGACGGGCCAAAGCUACAAUGCCCGCGACAUCAUCCGGAACAUAUUCUCGCCGCUGAUCGGCGUGCUGUCCAGUCCACAGGCGGACGAGAUUUGCCACCGGAACAACCUUUCCUUCGUGGAGCUUCUGCAGCCGUUCGCAAAGUUGCCAAAUGAUGCACACUUUCGCGAUGUUUCCGGGACGAGUGUAUCGGUUCGUGGACUCCGCCUUAACUUCUGUGAUGUGGACUGGCGGCCGCCUCAAACAAUUUUGGCCAGGAAGAUGCUCAAUGAGUCUGUGACCAAUGCCCACAAUGACAAAACCAGACUGGCCACCAUAGCUGGCAUAGACCUUGAGUUGCCCACGUCGGAACCAUGGUUCGAGCAGUGGCGUGAGACGUUCUUAACUGUGCAGUUCCCGGCGGAUCACGAGUUCACCCGACAUCUAUUAAGCUGUUUGCUAGUGCUUUCCAGCGCGGAUCCGCAGAUCGUGGAGACCGCCCACAAACUCGGACAACGUGUGCAGCAGAUGCAAAGCAUCACGCCCCAAAAGCUGCCCAAGUGGUUCCAUCCCACCGAGGUCCUAAAUAGUUACGUGGUGUUGCACGAAGCCAGCCAGGGAGACUUGUCCAAGGCACAGCAGGGAUUCGAGCUGCUUAAAUCCACCUUCGGAGACAGCAAGUGUUUUCUGGUGUCGAUCAACUCGCUGGACUCUCAAAGUGCAGCUGAGGUUCCAGAUCACUGGGCAACGUUUAUAAAAAGACAGCCCAAAGGCGAUGCAAAUCUACCCUCGACGGAUCUUAGUGCACCGAAAUCGCCACAGGAAGCGGUUUCUGUCAUAUCUAUGCCUGCAAUGCAAAUGUCCCAGCUUCUGGAAGGAUCCAGUGCUCAAGAAAGCGAUCUCGGCAUGCUUCAUCCGCUGAGUCCCAUGCAGGAAAGCGCCACAGAGGCGAUUCACUCGAAAUUUAGCAUCAGCAGCGAGAGUAUUGCCUCUCAAACUAUCAAUCCCAAUGUUUGGGGAAAUGAAUUAGAGGCGGAUGCUCCUCACGGCGGGUGUCUUACUACUCGGGACAUUGACAACCUGAGACACUUUGUCCAGGACUAUGCUGUUCGAGCAUUGAUUCCUUAUAUUGAGCAUCUGGUAGCUAUUCUUGCCGAGGGAGUGACGAACAAAAAGGGUGUCAGCAAGUCCCUGUUAAGUGCUACGAAACGAUGGUUUGUCACUAGCAAGCCGGGAGCAGGAGCAAACAAUCAAAAUGCAGUCAUCUACACCAAUGAAUCUGCGGAGCUCCAAACACGAAAGUUGGGCGAUCUCUACUUCAUGUUUGGUCAUUAUAAUUUGGCUUUCCAAGCCUACCACCAAGCAAAACGAGACUUCAAUGCGGACUCAGCCUGGCAAUACUAUGCGGGAGCUUUGGAAAUGGCUGCCCUAUCCGCCUUUAUGUUAGGUACUGCCCAAAGAAAGACCUAUGACUACAUGGAGGAUGCAAUUGUGUGUUAUCUUACAGUGUGCAAAUUGCAGCAAUUUGCGACUAGAGCUACGCUCCUAAGCAUGGAAUGUUUAAAAACUGCGCGACUAUAUAGCGAAGUGGCCAAGCAAUUGAUUCGCAUGACCAAUGAGGAAUCAGAUCUUCGCUCAGCCCUCUUGCUGGAGCAGGCUGCCUACUGUUUUUUGGUGACGCAACCGCCAAUGCACAGGAAGUAUGCUUUCCAUAUUGUGCUGGCCGGAAAUCGUUAUUCCCGAGCUGGACAAAGAAAGCAUGCAUAUCGUUGUUAUCGCCAGGCCUACCAGGUUUUUCAGAAGCGCGAAUGGAGCUUGGCUGAGGAUCACAUUCAAUAUACGGUGGCCAAGCAGGCCUAUAUGCUAAAACAACUUGAGGAAGCUAGUCGAUCUUUUGCCCAUUUACUGAGACCUGGAAGCCUUCAAAGUGCCCAGCAACAGACCAGUUUCUUAAAGGAGUACAUUCAGACUCAAAAUGAACUUGUUAAACGAAGUCCUGAACUGGGCUUACUACCACACGCCUUACCCCAAGUAGUGCAAUCUUCCGUUCGUGUUCUUACUUUAGUGCAAUCACCGUCGGCUUUGGCACCUCAUGUGCCGGCCACCAACAUAGAUAUCAACUCGAAUCUGACUGCAGAUGACCCCAUUUGGAAGAAGAUUGAAGAAAUGCUUGUGAUCACGGCUGCCAAUAAUAAGCCCUUUGUCUUUAAACCCUCGAGAUAUUUGUACACUAAGCAGCAGCCUGCGUUGGAAACUCCAGUUGCCGUGCAAGGUGAACCCAUUGAGCUAGCUGUUACCCUCUCAAAUAGCGUGCGAUGUGGAAUAGCCCUAUCCGAGAUUGAUCUACUGUGGAAACUUACUCUGGACAAUGAUGAGGUGCUCUCCAACGCCUGUACUUAUGAGGAAUCAUCAGAUAGUGAUAAUAAAAUAGCAGUAGGAGCAGCAAUCAAAACGAGCUGCGUGGCUUCCAUCAAAUUGGCUGAACAGGCCGAAGAAACUUUGCACUUUAAGCUGACUCCCAAAUUGACUGGACGUCUGAAUGUUUUGGGAAUCGUUUGUCGAGUAGCAGCCAGUGUGGAUCCUGCAGCCAGCCUUCUGGGUACCUUACAGUUUGAAACGCAAAAGAUCAGGCCUCACAAUGCCAAGCAAUCUUCGCAGACCGUAUUGGACAACAGAUUGACUAUCAAACUGGUUCCCCAACUACCCUCCAUGAAUGUAAGCUUUACUCCCGUUCCCAAUCGACUGUUGGCUGGUGAAAUUGUUCCCGUUCAUGUUACCCUCCGAAAUCUGGGAAUUGCUCCGAUUGAGGAGAUCUAUUUGGGAUGCGAUAACCCGCGCUGUGUAUCCAUUUUGGAUCAGCACAGCCAAAUGCCACUGGCUAUGAUGAGUUCUCUUCGUAAUCUUUCCAACGACAAGCUAGUAAAGGAUAAGGAAAUCCGGGGACAGCGAGUUUAUCGAUUACUAAACCGUCCUGGGCUGGCUGCACUUGACGCCCAACAAGUUCAAACCAUCCCCUUGUGGGUGCAGGCUCCACACCAGGCGGGACUCUUUACCUUACGCCUACUAUUUUACUACUCAUUGCCAACGAUAGCCAAUUCACCCAUUAAAUAUAGAUUGGUUCGCCAUAUUUGGCACCUGCAGGUAGAAAGUUGCCUGCAGGCAGACUCCACUUGUGUGGUCAGCAAUGCGGUGACCAAUGAACUGGGGCUGGAUGUAAACGUUAGGAACCAGCAUGCAGCGGAUGGAACGGAAGUGUACAUCAACUCUAUUUCACUGUACUCCAAGGAAUUUAAGUUGAAUCCCGAUAAGUUAUUCAUAAUGAACAGUAUGGGAGUCAACCCGGGACAGGCGGGAGCACAGUGCCUCAAGUCUUCCAUAUGCUGCAAUUUCCAGUGCCGCCUUCUCGAGAAAGACACACAAGAAGAAUACCGAAACAUUCCAUCAAUUAAAACAUUGCUUGAUUCGCGACUAUCCCAUCUGAAAAUCCUGUCGGCCCAGCACGCUCAGCAGGUGGAGCAGCACAUGCCAUCGAUACACGACCCGCACAGCUUCCUCACUAACGAAGAGACGGUGUAUUUUAAUACCAACAUCUCCACGGAAGAGUUCAACGCAAGCGUAGCGGAAUAUGUUCCACACGCCACAUUGGUCUUAAGCUGGAGCGCCUUGGUAGCUAGGGAGGAGGGGCAGCACUUGGCUUGUGGCUUGCACUUUAUUAAGCUUUACAAACUUUUUGAGACGGGACACUGUCCAGCAGCGCCAACAGCGUCAUUCCUUCGAAGAAGACAAUCUUCUGACGACACCAUAGAUAACCGACGGGAGUUUCCACUACCCGAGGGAGCGGUUAAUAAUGAGGAUGCUUGGCAGCCCUUGGCUGAUGCUGAUGAAGAAGACUACUGGGAGCCCAAUGAUAACUAUGUUGGCCAACGGUGUCUACUGGAAGAUGAGAGCUUUGUAAUGGCAGUAAAAGCUUAAGAUGUUCUUCAAAUGGUGUCAUUAAAUCAUUAUAUAUUAUCCGUCUAUCAGUUAUGAUAUGC